AUGUCAUCACUUUUUCCCCAUAGACACGUGGAAAAUGAUGAAGAGGAGCUGUUAAUGGUGGAAGAUCGUGGGCCUGAUUUGAUUAAUUCUCAGGAUUUUAGGAGGCAAUGCAGCAUCAGCAGAAGCAGUUUAGCAUAUUAUCGCUGGAUGGAGGAGGAGAGAGAACACCUCAUAGCUCGUGAGAGUUUUGAUUAUUUGCCUUCACACAGUAAAGUUUAUAAGAAAUGGCUACAAGAGAAAACUUACAGAAAAGAGUGGGAUCGAUGGCUGCUGAUGGGGCUAAUUGGAACAGCAGUUGGGAUGCUGGGGGUUUUGAUUCAUCAGAUAAUUGACUCUCUCAUCAAAUUGAAAUGGGACCUGGUGGAAAAUUACCUGCAGGAUGGCAACAUCCAUAUGACCUGGCUAUGUGCACUUGGGUCUGGGCUGGCCAUGAUGGUUCUCUCUUCAAGCGCGGUGCUGUUUUUUUGCCCAGCAGGUUCACUAUCUGACUUGCCAGAAAUCAUUGGGUAUUUGAAUGGUACUUCCAUUCAACAUCUUUUUAACAUCAAGACCUUUUUAGGCACAUUUGUCUUAUGCAUACUGACUGUAGCCUCUGGGCUCUUCUGUGGGCCAGAAGGUCCCAUGGUCCAUUUGGGUGCUCUCCUGGGUUGUGGUCUGAGGCAGCUGCAGUUGGACACCCUUGGCGUCCACCUCCCGAUAUUCACCAGGUUUCAGAAUUCGUCUGAUAAUUUCAUUAUGGCUGGUGCAGGAGCAGGCAUAGCUUCGGUAUUUCGUGCCCCCAUUGGUGGGGAAGUGUCUUCAUUCUGGGACAUCAGGCUGGCCUGGCAAACCUUCUUCUGCUGCUUGAUGGCUACCUUCACCACAGAUUUACUGUCAUCUUCUCUCUAUGGGUUUGUUUACAGAGGUCAUUUUGGAUUUUUUGGAGCAGAGAAAAGAAUUAUAUUUUGGGUUAAGAACUUGCUGGACAUGAAUGUCUUGGCCUUUGUUCCCACCAUCAUUCUUGGAGUGCUUGGAGGUCUUCUGGGAGCUCUCUUUGUUUCCCUAAAUAUAAAGAUUAAUAAAUUACAUAUGCAGUUCUUUAAUUCAAUUCCAAUAUUAUCCCUUAGAAAAACAAGCAAGCUGUUGGAAAGUGUGCUCAUUCUUGUAUGUACGACGACUGUUACAGGAUAUUUAUCAUAUUUCUUUCCUUGCACUCCAGUCAUGGGUGUGAGAAACUACCAGCUGAGAAACAACUCAGAAAUCAUAAAUCAGUCCAAGAGGGAAAUUUCAGAAUAUAGCUGUUCAUCAAGCUGGGUUGAUCCAGAUAGAAUCAGAUAUUCUAAUCAAACCUUCAAUCAAGCUGCUACGCUUCUAAUUGAAAAUGGGAAGCAAGGGAUCACAUAGCUCUUUAAACGUGGGGCUCGCGAAGAAUUUGGAUAUGCAUCUCUUUGUACUGCUUUGGCAUUUUAUUUCAUCCUCAGCUGUUGGACAGCAGGUUCUGCUGUUGCGAGUGGCCUGGUUAUUCCUAUGCUAUACACAGGAGCUUUGUAUGGCAGGAUAAUUGGUUUGAUCCUUGUUUCCAUUUUUGGUGUUCAAACUAAUGAAUAUGGAGCAUGGAUUGAUCCAGGUCUUGCUGUCAUUGGAGCUGCCUCCUUUUUCAGUGGUGUGUCAAGGCUGACCAUCUCUCUCACUGUGAUAAUGAUAAAGAUCACAAAUGAUGUCCAGUCCUUGCUACUGAUAAUGCUGGCUGUCAUGGUGGCCAAGAUAGUUGGUGACUUGUUCAGCGCAUCCCUGUACAGUUCCCUCCUGAAGCAGAAAUGCAUUCCCUACUUGGAUGUGGAACCUUUUGUUCAUCACAGGAGAAAACGGUUGAACCUGGAAUUGUUCUCUGCCAGCGACGUCAUGGAGCCUGGCAUCAGAGUCCUUCACCUGAAGGAAAACAUUGCCUUCUUGGCUCGGCUUCUUGCAAGUACAAGCCAUGGCGGAUUCCCAGUGGUUUGCAGGCUCAAGCCAGACCAUGCAGAGGUGUUCCAGGGAUCUAUUAAAAGGUUAGAGCUGUGCAUGCUGCUGGAAAAUGAGCACAUCUUUGAACCAGAGACAAAUGAUGAGUCUUUCUUCUCCUCUCAUCCUCUCUCCUAUGAGAAAAUAACGGUGGAGAAGCUGCCCAAUCUGUCGCGCCUACCCAUGCUGCUGAAUCGCUAUGCUACAGAUCCCCGGUAUCAGCAACUCUUCAUCAAUCUGGAGCCAUACAUAAACAAAUCUGCAAUGUCAGUCCAAGCUCAUUUCUCACUGCAACGCGCCUACAUCAUCUUUUGCACCCUGGGGCUGCACCACCUCACUGUUGUUGACUUGCAUAACCAAGUGGUUGGGGUGAUCACCAGGAAGGACCUGAUGCCCUUCCCACUGGAGGAGAGACUCAGGCCCCAGCUGGCACCACAGAGCCCUGAUGUGGGUGAGCAGCCCCUGGAUUCCAGGCCAUAG